AGUGGAUAGCUAGCUAGCCAGCUUGACAGACAGUGAGUGGGGAUACGAACGAUUCCAACGCCAGACACGCCGUUUGAGCUGAGGAAUCCAAAGCUGGGGUCUAAACUAAAAUAACAAGUGUCCUACUCAAAGGCUGACUUACAUAGAUUGACAUGGCGGAGGUUAGUGAUAUUCUGAUGUCAGUUCUGUCCACAAUUCGGGUACCGAGGCCCGGGGACCGUGUUCACAAAGACGAAUGCGCCUUGUCAUUUUCCUCUCCGGAGAGUGAGGGAGGCCUGUACGUGUGCAUGAACAGUUUCCUUGGCUUUGGCAGCCAGUAUGUAGACAGACACCACACCCGGACUGGACAGCGGGCGUACCUGCACAUCACCCGGACGCGUAAAGCACAGAAGGAAGAGGACAACAAUUCUGGAUCUGGAGACCCACCCAAGAAAAAACCCACCAGAUUGGCCAUAGGGAUCGAAGGAGGGUUCGAUGUGGAACAGGAGCAGUGUGAGGAGGAAGUGAAGGUGGUCCUCUUACCUGACAGACAGGAAGUGACAGCUGAGGACAUCGGCAGAAUGCCUGAUGUUGUGAGAGAGCGGGUGUCUCUCUCCAUGGCUGGGCUGAUGGCGGCAGACUCAGUGUCUCACGCCCUGCAGGUGCAGCAGUGGGACGGGGAGGUGAGACAGGAGUCCCGACACGCUGCCGGCCUCAAACAGCUUGACAACGGCAUCAAGAUCCUCCCCAGUGGCUGGCGUUGUGAGGUGUGUGACCUGCAAGAGAAUUUGUGGAUGAACCUGACGGACGGGAUGGUGUUGUGUGGGCGGAGGUAUUUCGACGGCACGGGGGGGAACAACCACGCCCUCCUGCACUUCCAGCAGACGGGACACCCGAUUGCCGUCAAACUGGGCACUAUCACCCCCGACGGAGCAGAUGUGUAUUCGUACGAUGAAGACGACAUGGUGCUGGACCCCAAGCUUCCGGAACACCUCGCCCACUUCGGCAUCGACAUGAUGACCAUGGAGAAGACGGAAAGGACGAUGACUGAGCUGGAGAUAGCGGUGAACCAGCGCGUGGGGGAGUGGGAGAUGAUCCAGGAGUCUGGCACCACCCUGAGGCCUCUGUCCGGCCCUGGCCUGACAGGGAUGAAGAACCUGGGCAACAGCUGCUACCUCAACUCCGUCAUGCAAGUCCUCUUCACCGUCCCAGACUUCCAGAGCAAGUAUGUCUCCAACAUCGAAAAGAUCUUCGCUGAAGCCCCCAGCGAUCCCACCCAGGACUUUAAAACUCAAGUAGCUAAGCUGGGCUAUGGUCUGUUGUCAGGAGAGUACUCCAAGCCAGCCCUUGAUCCUGGGGAUGAGACCAAUGCCUCUUCUGAACCCAGGGGCGACCAGGUUGGCAUUGCGCCACGCAUGUUCAAAGCACUUGUGGGGCGGGGCCACCCCGAGUUCUCCACCAAUCGGCAACAAGACGCACAGGAGUUCUUAUUGCACUUCAUUAACAUGGUCGAGAGAAACUGCCGUUCAGGAGCGAACCCUUCCGAAGCCUUUCGCUUCCUGGUGGAGGAGCGGAUCAUGUGCCAGCAGUCCCAGAAAGCCAAGUACACCCAGAGGGUAGACUACAUGCUGCAGCUGCCCGUGCCCAUGGAGCAGGCCACCAACACAGAGGAGCUGCAUGAGGCCGAGAGGCAGCGCGAGGCGGCUGACUCGUCGGGCGCCCCGCCCCCGGCGAGCGUGCGUGCCCGGAUCCCCUUCACGGCGUGCAUGGCGGCCCUCAGCGAACCGGAGACGCUUACAGACUUCUGGAGCUCCGCCGUGCAGGCCAAGACCAGCGCCACCAAAACGACGCGCUUCGCUUCCUUCCCUGAUCACUUGGUGAUCCAGAUAAAGAAGUUUACCUUCGGGUUGGACUGGGUCCCUAAGAAACUGGACGUGAGCAUCGAUGUUCCCGACAUGUUGGAUCUGAGCGCGCUCCGUGGGACCGGCCAGCAGCCGGGGGAGGAGCUUCUGCCGGAGGUGGCCCCGCCUCCGCUCAUGACCCCUGACGUGGAGGUCAAAGGUAUCCUGGGUUUCCACGGCAACGAGGAGGACGACUCUCUCUACUCUCCACUGCUGUCCCCAGUCCUGGACGACUCCACUGUGUCCCAGUUAUGUGAGAUGGGAUUCCCCUUGGAGGCCUGCAGGAAGGCUGUGUACUACACUGGGAACACUGGGAUCGACGCCGCCAUGAACUGGGUCAUGGGCCACAUGGAUGACCCAGAUUUCUCCGCCCCCCUGGUGUUGCCAGGCUGCAGCUCCGCCCCCGGGACCACUCCCACUGCUGAGAGUGUACCCGAGGAGCACCUGGCGACCAUCGUAUCCAUGGGCUUCAGCAGAGACCAGGCGACACGGGCGCUGAGGGCCACGAGUAAUGUUCUGGAGAGGGCAGUUGACUGGAUCUUCUCCCACCUGGACGACCUCGAGUCCAUGGAGGUGUCGGAAGGGGGGCGCUCUGCGGCUGAGAGCGAGGCCAGCAGGGACCCUCCUCCUGGGCCACGCGUCAGAGACGGUCCUGGCAAGUACGAGUUGUUUGCCUUCGUCAGUCACAUGGGCACCAGCACCAUGUGUGGCCACUACGUCUGCCACAUCAAGAAGGACCAGCAGUGGGUUAUCUUCAACGAUCAGAAGGUGUGUGCCUCAGAGAAGCCUCCCAAGGACCUGGGUUACCUGUACUUCUACCGAAGAGUGGCAGAGUGAACGUAGGAGGGAGGAAGGAAGUUUUUCGUGGGGGGGGGGCGAGAGGGGGAGGGGGGCCAGAGCAGCAGAGCACCGAAACCCACACAAAGCAAGCACUCUCUCACUCUUAACGGGCCGCUAAGAAAACGCUUCACACAGGCUUCUGAACUGACAAAAUUAGGUUGUAAAUACGCUUCUCGGCGGUGUUGCAAGGGGUGCUCUUUCGCAAAGGGUUAGCGUAGGUCUUGGUGCCAGGCUUUUGGUUCAUUUCAAAUACAAAUUCAUCCCCUCUGUUGACUCAAGCGGCUGUUGAUAUUGUAUAUCUGUGGCUGGUGAACACUGCCCCUUCCUGCUCUAAACUUCUCUAGACACUCUCAUCUCCUCCCUUAUUGGAUAGCUGCCAUUGUGAUGUUAUCGCUUCUUCAGCCAAACACCACCUCCUCUGCUUCACCUGGUUACAAGAAACAGUUGGACAUUCACUAUCCCAAAUAUCUAUUAAACAAAGGAUAAAAACAGUUCAAAUGUGUAUUUAAAAUAAACUGUAAUAAAAAGUUCAAUAAACACCAAACCGAACUGGUUGUUCUUUGAAGUGUGGGGUGAUGGUAAUUUAGCAAGGUGGUUUCAUUUUAUUUUGUUUAUUUUGCAUAAAUGAAUUCCUUUGUUACUUCUGCUCUGACGAAUAAAGACUUGUCUUUCUGCCGUC